GUAACACUACUUAAUCCAAAAAAUAUGAUUUGUAUUCCAGUCUAAAUAUUACAUUGGUUACCGCCCUCAACGAGAGGGUUGGUCCAGCCCCUCUUUGAGAGGAUAAAAGGAGAGGGAUGCUGUCCUCUCGACUAGUGUGAAUCUGAGAGAGAUACCGUGAAGUGACCCUCAUAAACGUUUUAUAGAUUUCUUAAUUUUUUUAAAUCUAUUUUUAGUGUUUUUGAGAUACAAAAUUCGGAUUGAUGAUUUAAGUCGUUCUGCAAAAUAUAUCAACAAUGUGUUAAAGGAUUAUUAUAUCCAGUAAAGAAAACUAUAACCAUGAAGAGUUGGUUGGAAGCCAGUGGCAUGGAGGACGGGUCCUUGUCUUGCUUGCUCUCAGAACCGCGGGAAGCACUGCUCCCCAUCACAGGAAGAGAAAACUUGGCUCCGAGAAAGAGGGACAGAACAUUGGAGCCGUGCGCACUCUCGGAGGAAGCUUACCUAUCAAGCAGUGCAGGGUCCCCUUGUGCUGGUCUUUCAAGAGAAGAACGCCGCAGACGACGCCGGGCUACCUUAAAGUACAGAACUGCCCACGCCACAAGAGAAAGAAUCCGCGUUGAAGCAUUCAAUGCAGCAUUUGGCGCCCUAAGAAGACUACUACCCACCUUACCACCAGACAAAAAGCUAUCAAAAAUCGAAAUUCUCCGACUCGCUAUAUGUUAUAUCGCUUAUCUCAAUCACGUGUUGGAUGCGUAACUCAUAAAACUGAUAGGGAAACCUAAUCAGGUAAUUUGUUAGAUAUCGUUAAUUUAUUUAGUCCUGGGUGCCAUUGUGGCCGGACACAAGGCUAUGUCUGAACUAGUAACAUUACUGGUGAAGAGUGGUUGCAUCAUUUAAAUGUGUAAACCUGCUUCUGAAAAGAAUAAACGGCGUGAUGAUGACUUCAUUUACUGCUUUAUUUUAGUAAAUGUGUACUAAGUAGGGCUCCCUAAUAAAGCAAUGUAAAGCUUACUUCUCCAUCUAUGACUCAUUGUAUGUUAUAUCGUUAAACACAUUCUAGUCAUUAUUUUCUAUUCACAGUGUUUGUGUAAAUAUCAGGUAGUAAAAUAAAAAAUCGUAAUUAAGAAAUGUUAAUACUAUUUAUUUACAACUUAACUUUCUAGUCAUAAGUUAAAAUUACAAUCAUCCAUGUCAUUGAUAACUGAGAUACACAUUCUAUCAGUUAUUAUAUAUGUACAUCUGAGGUAUUGUCUUGUAUGGUACUAUUUUAUUAUUAAAUUACAUUGGCAUUACAA